CGUCUGAUAACUAGUCCCUGACGUCUCUAUAAUGGCGGUGCCCUUGUUACAAUGGGGACUGUUGUUGGCCACUUGUUCGCCACUUUGUCGUGAAUAACUGCGGAUUAUUCAUCCAGCUGUCUGUUUUGGGUGAUUUACUCCGACGGCUACAUGUUAAAGCAGUCCAGUGCAGCAGGUCCAUCCAACGUGUCCUCUCCUCAGCCAAUGAAGGAAUCCAAGGAGAACUUGUCAAUGACCGGCCAAGGAAUUCUGGACCACAUCAAGCCAUGCUGGUACUGGGACAAGAAAGAUUUAGCCCACACCCCCUCCCAGUCCGAAGGCCUGGACCCUGGCACAGAGGCCCGGUAUCGGAGAGAAGGAGCCCGCUUCAUAUUUGACGUGGGGACCAGACUUGGCCUACACUAUGACACACUGGCAACUGGCAUCAUAUAUUUCCACCGUUUCUACAUGUUUCACUCCUUCAAGCAGUUCCCCAGAUAUGUGACAGGUGCUUGCUGUCUUUUCCUGGCGGGGAAAGUGGAGGAAACCCCAAAGAAGUGUAAAGACAUUAUCAAAACGGCCCGCAGCUUACUGAAUGAUGUGCAGUUUGCCCAGUUUGGAGAUGAUCCGAAGGAAGAGGUGAUGGUGUUGGAGAGGAUUUUACUCCAGACAAUCAAAUUUGACCUGCAGGUGGAGCACCCUUACAUGUUCCUGCUUCGCUAUGUCAAGCAACUCAAAGGUGACAAGAGUAAAGUGUGCAAGGUGCUGCAGAUGGCCUGGACGUUUGUCAAUGACAGCCUGUGCACCAUGCUGUCUCUGCAGUGGGAACCAGAGAUCAUUGCGGUAGCUGUCAUGUACCUAGCAGGCCGCCUCUGUAAGUUCGACAUCCAGGAGUGGACCGCCAAGCAGUCGUCACGCCGCUGGUGGGAGCAGUUUGUCCAGGACGUCCCAGUAGAGCUGCUGGAAGACAUUUGCCACCAGAUCCUGGACCUGUACUCCCAGGGCAACAAGCCCAUCCCUCAGCAGAUGCAGGAGAAGGAGCGGGAGCGGGCGCCUGCUCCUCCGCUCCCUGCUCCUCCAGUCCCACAGGGACAACCGCCAGCCGCCAACCCUCCUCCCCCACCACCAAAGAAGACCUCCCCUCAAGGAGGCAGCCCUGCACGCCAGCUCAAACGCUCACAUACAUCCCCAAAAGAUGAACCAAAGGCUCCAGAACAAGUUGGAUCAAAAAUUCCCCGACUGGAGAGCCCCAUGCCCCCUCUCCCGCUGCCUCCCCCAGACCGCAAAGCUCCAGCUCCAGCUCCAGCGCCUCCCACAGAAGCAGAACCGGGGAGUGAAGCGGCUCCUCCUCCCCCGCACGCUCCACCUCCACAUCAGCCUCCUCCCCUACCCCAUCGGCCCCCUCCGCCCCCGCCCUCCAACUACAUCAUGUCCACCACCAGCUCCUACAUGUCCGGAGAAGGCUACCAGAGCCUGCAGUCAAUGAUGAAGACUGAAGGUCCCUCUUACGCCCCCAUGCCACCCAGCUACGCACCCCAAAUCCCACCAUAUCACCCCCAUGUUUAUCCACCUCCUGCAGCACCGCCUCCAGGCCCUCCUCCUCCUUCCACCUACCCACCACCCAGCUUGCCGCCAACGUAUCCGCCACCGGGAUACAACAGCUACCCUCCGCCACCGCCUCCACGCAUGCCACCGGGCCACGGACCCCCUCCAGGCAUAGGUCUACCGCCUGCUGGGUACCCUCCUCCACCCCCCGUGCCCCCUGGACAGUCUCAGGUGCCCCUGCCCCCUCCACCUGGCAUGCCCCUGAACCGUGGUGGGUGGAUGAGAUGAGAGUGUGACAAGUGUCUGUGAACUGGAUCUGUGCAUGGCCACAGUUGGGGAUGGAAAACUCUGUGCAGAGGGAGAGCAACCAGGAACAAACGGGGAGAGCUUGUUCCCCUCCAGUAUGACUUUGUUUGAUGAGGUUCUUAAUGAAGGCUUAACUACAGAUAGACUCGAAGGGCAGAGUGAGGUGUGGACAGUAUUGUUAUGAGAACCUGAACUGGCAGUGAAAGACCGCAGUGCGAAUCCUGAAAUAUUUUUGAAAUAAGUGGCUUAAACAUGUACAGGAUAGCGCUUAAUGUGCCAAGUUCUGGGAUCUUGUAACAACUACCGUCUUCUCAUUGUUAUUGUUCUGGAUGUGUACCAGGAAAUAUUAGCGCCUUUAGCGCCCUUAAUUUAAAUUUUAGUUUUGUCACACAUGCUCAUUCAUUAAUUGUGGGCAGAUGAAAUGUACCAUUUUUACUUGGUUGAGUCAUUUAUUUGCUUCUAUAUUCGAUCACCCCGAUUAUGCUUAGGUUCUCCUGAAUUCUCAGACAUACUAAGGUAUCAGCAAUCAGUUUUUCUUUAGUCCGCAUUCCCACUGUUGCGGAGUAAAACAAAGCGUGACUCAACUGGAGAUGGUUGAACAUACAGUAGUCAUAUAAAAAGGACCAUGAUACUGUAAUGCAUCUUCAUGAAUCUACAGUUUUAUAUGACUCUUGUCAUGUUACUUUUUAUUCUGUGAAAGCAUUGAGGUCAUAAUUUUUUUUACUUCCAUUAGACCCUUAGUUUUUAUUUCUUGACAUUUGUCUGUGAAUCUGCACUGCAGACAGUAUUAGAGUUAUCACAUCAGUCAUGUCUAACACUGGACAGUCUAAGGUUAUAUUUGUACAUAUCUGGUCUUUUCAUUUAGGCUUUUCUUUUGGAGAGUUUCUAUCCAUAUGUGCCUUAGUCAGGCUUCUCUUCUGUAUUCUGCAUGCAGCUUUGGUUUUUUGUGAGUCGCACUUAGUACAAUAAACACCUGCUUUUCCUACUUUGAA